AUGCCCGGCUGCACACAGCAUGCUGGAGCGCUCCGUCUCGGUCAGGACCACGCACUAACACCCGCCGGGACUUCACAAGGACGAACAUCAGUGUUGUGAGAACGACAUGUCUCUGCUGCUUUAACGACUGUUGAGGAACUCUGCUGUAAACGAAGGUCAGUGAUGACGCCACCCAGGUAUUGCCCAGUGCUUCCCAUUUCCUAACCACAUCACCAUGGCAACAGGAAGAAAAGGUUCCACCUCCAAGGCAGGUGGUGUGCGUUUCCCUGACGACGAUGAACCUCCUGGAUCUCCAACACGGAGAGACGACCAGUCAAACCUGUCCACGCUCAUCGCCAUCCUGGAAAAGGACGGCAGCUACUUAGUCAAGGCCGGUUUCCUGAAAAGUCACCACUGCUAUGAGAUCGUCUUCACGGUUCCAGAUGUCCACACUCUGGGCAAAGACCUGUCCUGUCUUCCCUCGUCCUCUCCGACCCGGCGGUCCCCCACACUCCGGGUCCAAAGAAUUAACUCCACACUCGAGGGAGGAGUAAAGGUAACCUGCGAGUACCGGACUCACCAGGAGGGCGUUCUGCAGGAGGAGAUCACCCUGGUGACCAGAGGGAAAAAGGACAACACUCUGAAGAUCAGGCUGCAGGCCAAGAUCAUCGAUCCACAUCACGGGACCCCGAUGCUGCUGGAGGGGGUGCGGUGUCUGGGUCCGCAGAAAGACAGCCAAAAAAAACACUGCACUGACCGCAAGAGGAUAUGACCACAAAGCCACCUGUAUGUCUGCAUCUACAACACUAUCAUAGUACACCAGUGACUGUCGGGACUAAGGUCGUUUGUACAAAUAUGUUUAUUAAGUCAUUUUCUUUAUAAUGAAUUACAACAGGGCACAAUAGUUCUAUGAUUUUAAGAUUACUUGGGGGAGAAACAAGCUAAAAAUACUGUCAUUAAGUAUGUUUCCAUCCAGCAUGUUGUGUUUGCAUUUAAAAAAUAC